AUGAAGCCCUUUCCAAUCAUGGAUUUCGACUACGUCGUGAUGAGAGAGACUGUGAAAUAUGCAGAUGAGUGGCAAAUGCUCCAACAAAGCCUCGCCUCAAAAAGAUCACGGAUUGUAGUGCGGAAUUUCAAAAAACCAAUUACAUUUCUUUGGGUCAAUUUUCAAGAAAAAGAUUGUGUGAUAAACGUUCGGUUUUUAAAUGGAAGUGAAGUUUACUGGCGAAUCAAAUCAAGUAGAGAUGUUUUGAAAAAUGCCGAAACGACGGAUAUUUUUGAAUUGGAUGGGUUAAGAAUGGAAAGCAAACGGAGCCAGAAACGGGACAAGUACGUCAUCUAUUCUUACUGUGAGAAUGACCUUGUCGUGUGUCAGAGACUGGUCGAAGUAAUGCUUGAUGUCUGGAUUCCUAAAAAACUGAACUAUUACAUUUCUCGAGUUCAAGAUAUCUCCCAUCUCCUGAACUUUGAGAAACUGAACCAAAUGGACCAUCUCACAUUCAUCGUCUAUUUUCCAAUUAGUGACAGAGAGUUCCAUUUAUUCCGAGAGAAGAUUCAUCCAAAAAACGGGAUCUGCUUCAAUUUAGUUCACUAUCAAAAUUUGAAUCAUGGAUGCAGAAUUCCGUUGGAUUGUCAGAAAUUGGAGAUUUGUUUCUCAGGAUGGUUGAACAGAGAAGAUCUAUUGAAUAUCAAGUCUAAAUCUGUAUUUUUAAAGAACACAGUUUUGAAGAACGAAGAUUUAAAUGCACUUUUGAAUAAGUGGUUGGAGGAAGAAGAUUCGAAAUUGGAAACCGUAAAAAUUCAUAUUUCGGAUGGAGACUUGAAUGAGAUACUGAAUGGAAUCGGUUCAAAAAAUUUCGAAGAGAUCAAGAAAGAAAGAAAACUAAUCAACAAAGUAUUCGAGUUUUUAGAUUUUGAGGAGUACGAAUUCAAAGGAUACGAAGGUCGACAUUUGGUUAGAAAUGAUGGAAAAAUUGCAACUGCUCAUUUAAAAAGCGACAUCUUCCGCUUUAUUGUUUGGAACGAAUCAAAUCCGGUGAUCACAGAUGUUAAGAGCAUUUCGACUGAAAUGGAGUAA